AUGGAGAAAAAUGGUGUGGGAUCACUCGAAACGGAGCUGCGGCUGGGGCUUCCCGGCGGCGGUGAAGUGGGGAUCAAGAAUGAGAAGAAAAGGGGUUUCUCUGAUUUCUACGGCGGUGGGGAGAACAAGAAUCAGGUGGUGGGGUGGCCACCGGUGGCGGCGUACAGGAGGAAGAAUGUGUUUACCGGUGGGAAGAUGUACGUGAAAGUUAGCAUGGAUGGUGCGCCUUUUCUUCGGAAGGUUGAUUUGAGCAUGCACAAAGGGUAUUCGGAGCUUGUCAAGGCUCUUGAGGAACUGUUUGGCUGUCAUGGAAUUGGGGAGGCAUUGAAGGAUGAGGAAGAGAAAUGUGAGUACGUUCCAAUCUACGAGGAUAAAGAUGGAGACUGGAUGCUCCUCGGAGAUGUCCCUUGGCAGAUGUUCAGAGAGUCAUGCAAGAGGCUGAGGAUCAUGAAGAGGGCAGAUGCAAAUGGUGUGGGGGUUCAUGCAAAAGACCCCCUCUCCAAGGAGGAGUAGCAGUAAAAUGCUUGUCAAAUAUGAAAUUUGUGAAGGGCAUAUCUGUCUUUCCACCACCUUCUCUAGUUAAUUAUGCUAGCUAGGUGAAGCAUAUAUAUAUAUAUAUAACUUGGAAAUUUCAGAUUAAUUUAGAAA